GACAGGACAGAAUUAACCUGGCUAUAAUUUGUCAUUGCUUACUGGAUACCAUCAGUUGGCAGAAAUGAGUCGUAAUAGUAGGAUCUUGCUACCACUUUUGGUUGGUUUAAUUGUACAUCUUGCCAUUUUGAUUUAUAUUGUCACUCCAAACCGAAAAUAUCUGUUUCAUGAAAAAAUAGUGAUUGAUAUUCCCAAAGAGUUCGCAAUAAUUGAAAAGAGUACAAUAGGCGAUUUCACUAAGCCCAAAGACGACGGCGCAAAUCAGGUGGAAGUCACGGACGCCUUGGACACUUUGGAGGCUCGAAAUACAUCACGGAAAGCCAUUUUCUUCAUUGAAACGUCCAAAAGGGGGACGAUAAAUCCUCGGCAGGUGUGUUCCAUUGAGUCGGCGGCCAAAUACAACCCCUUCGCGGACGUCUACUUGCUCCUGCUUGACCCACCAGUCAACUCGGAACUGCUCCAAGACGAGGGUUUGCAGUUGGUUGUCCGCCACUACGAAAAUGUGAGAGUCGUGCAGACCAGUUCGGAGAGAUACUUUAACGGGACAUCGCUGGAAAGUUUGUGGAACAGUGGAAAAAUUGGCGAAAGCCUUUACCCAGUAGAGAAUUGGAGUAACGCCAUGCGAAUUUUGACAAUUUUAAGAUUUGGCGGGAUAUAUUUUGACCUGGACAUGAUCAUCUUCCGCCCUCUAGACGAUUUGCCCGCCAAUUGGAUAUCAUUUGAGACUCCUCAUUUGACCUCAAACUCUGCUUUUGGCUUUCAAAAAGGAGAAAAAUUCGCUCAAAAAAUUUUAGAAGAGUUUAAUAGUAACUUCAAUGGGGAAAAGUGGGGGAUCAAUGGUCCACAGCUAAUAAACCGCAUGUUGCAGCGCGAAUGCAAUAUGACUUUGCUGGGCAAUACAAAAAGUGAUGAAUGUCCAAACAUUGUACUUUUUCCGCCAACAGUUUUCCAUCCGCUAAAUUAUGGGUGGAGACUUCUUUUUGAAGAAGAUAAGUUAAAUGAAGUAAUAAUUGGAAUCAGCAGCAGCCUAGGCAUUCAUUUAUGGAAUCACUUAAGCAGUAAGGAUAUUAUAAGAGUAGGGUCUAAACAGCCAUACGGAGUUUUGGCCCAAAAUCAUUGUCCACGAGCGUAUUGGAGUUGCUAUAAGACUUUUUGAAAAUCGUACAAUAAAGGAAGUAAUAUAUUUACACUGUAAAUUUAUUUUUUC